AUGACUGAGUCAGAGCUCGACAGUCGCCAUCAGACCCAUGCUCUCGCACUUGCAGACCAGUCUGGGGCAGUUCCUACCUCUGCAGAAGCAAGGUCCAAGCGUCGCAUCGCCGUGUUAGAAGAGGAACUAGAAAUGAUGAAGCAAGACAGAGGAACUAAGCAAAGAAAGACGACCUACUACGUGGCUCAAGGCAGGGCAAUCCGGCGCAUGGUCGCUCUUUAUACCAACUUGGAUGAUUUGAUCGCCAAAAAUGAUCGCAGGUACGAGGAGCAAGAACUUGAACUUGACAGUACCGGAGAACAGGAUCGUUUACAACGUGGCUAUAUCUUACUCGCACAAGUCUUGCCGUGGCUGCACGAGAAGUUCGCCGAACUCGACAUUGAUGACUGCAAAGACAUGAAGAAAAAGGCAAGUGAUUUCAAUUAUGAAGCUUUUCGUGCUCUUAAAAGAGGAGCAGAUGCCGCCCGUGGCAAUGACACCUCCACUCUCAAGGAUCUAGUCGCUGCCUGGCUCAAUGAAGGCUUCCACCCAUCUCGUUUACUUAGCUCUGACGACAAGCAGUCGCGCGGCUUCAUACAUGACGUUUGUGGGAAGCUGCUGUGCCCUGCUGAAUGGGACUGGGGUGAUGACAAGGUGAAGGCUGGCAUUCGUGACAGAAUGUCAGACUAUAUCGUGUCAGAAAAUUCUUGGCCUCUCUUUUUGUAUGAAGGCUACAAAGUUAAUGCUGACAACCUCGAGCAAGGCCUCUUUAAAUCCAAAAUUUUAGUUCAGGCUUUCAAAGCCAUAUUUACAUCUCCAUCUUCCGCAAAAGAAGCUGAUGGAGAUGGCAAUGGAGCUGACGUCCUAGAGAAUCACCGGCGUGCCCGACGACAAUUAACCCACGUCAAGGUCAAAACCUGUGUUUGCUUCGCCCUGUCCAGCGUCUCAUCUUGGCGUACGGUGGAUGGCGACUUCGACUACGAAGCAUUCUGGAAUCACGUGGUGGACUUUUUUGAGGACGUCCCUGGCCCCGUCACCCAACGUAGGGUGAACGACCUUCUUGAAUGGUGGACCAGGAAAGUUUUUGGAAAAAGCCAUCGCGAGGACCUGACGCCAGAAGUGGUAUCCCGGAUGUCUGUUACAACACUUGCCGGGCAGAGGAGGGCGCUGGAGGAUGCCGCAUUCGACUCAGACUAA